CUGGCGACCGUAGACGUAUAGGGAUCUAAUUUUUAUCGCGUUCUGUGUGCAAAUGUUUUUACAAAACAGGGCAACAAUAUGUUACUAUCACACGAUUACGGCAGCAGGCGCUCCUCGGUAGGCUCGUCGCAGUCGCGCAACAUUCGGAUGACGGUGUUGAAAAAUCUGUUCAAAAAAAUGGCUUUCACAAAGUCGCUACUAAAAACGCUCAUAGUACUGUUCGUGUUCGGCAGUGGCCUGCUUGUGGUCUACUGGCGGGACAGCACGGAGUCAUCCAAACCGUCCACACCGUUCGCGCUGGGAAGCUACAAUUCGCAUAUCGUCGACGGAGGAAGCUUCGGCAGUCUGGGCGGCACGGGUGAAAACGCACGAAUCAACGCGAUUCCGAUCAGCCCCAUGGAACGAUCGUGGACGUACAAGUGCGUCAACAAUCGGUGCGUUCGGCACCACUUCGUGGACGGUGUAGAAGAGGACUUCGACAACUACCACCAGCAGCAGCAGCAGCAGCAGCAGCAGCAACAGCAACAGCAGCAGCAACAGCAACCGCAGCAACAAACCCAAACGCAGCAGCAACCUCACGCGGCAGGAGCGGAUGGCGGCGCAAAACGCAUCCCGUACCGAACGUGCACGAUGACCUGCGGCCCGAUCAACAUCUGGCCCCAGCCAACGGGUGCCGCGACGAUCGGUAGUAAAACGUCGCGCUUCCGGCUGUCCGAUAUGCGGAUUAAAGUGAGCACCGCGUUUGAGCCGGUGGAACGACUGCUCCACGAUGCGUUCGACGUCCUGCGGACCGAAAUACGCACCCUGAUGGCGUCCCACGGAGCGACACUUGAAGAAAUUGAGGGAGCAAUGCCAGCGAACUCUCUCCCACCGGAGUUACAACAGAGAAGCUUGGGCACCGAGAUGAAUGAGGCGGCCGAGCAGCACCAAUCCGUCGGGGGGCUUCCGGCGGAACAACGCCAAAGCACCGAUGGGCUGGGCGGUGGUAACAAGAUACACUUCUUCAAACUGAUCAGCGACAAGCGCUACGAUGCGGACGUGUUCGAGGUGAAUGUGCACGUGGAAAAAUCGCCCGAAAUACACCUGACGCUCCGUACCGACGAGAGCUACAACAUGAGCGUGACCCACUCUGCCCGUGUGCUGAUUGUGAAAAUAUCCGCCAACUCAUUCUUCGGCGCCAAGCAUGGCCUUACGACGCUCCAGCAGUUGGUUUGGUUCGAUGACGCCGAACGGACGCUGAAGAUUCUCAACAAGGCAGCGAUCGACGAUGGGCCAAAGUUUAACUACCGCGGUCUGAUGGUGGACACUUCGCGGCACUACUUCUCGCUGGACGCCCUCAAGCGCACGAUCGUGGGGAUGUCGCACUCGAAGCUAAACCGGUUCCACUGGCACAUAACGGACUCGCAGAGUUUCCCGCUCAUCUCGCGACACUACCCGCAACUCGCUCGGUACGGGGCAUACUCCGAGGCGGAGGUGUACACGCCGGAGGACGUCCGAGAGUUGGCGUCGUUUGCAAAAGUGCGUGGCGUUCAGAUCAUCCCGGAGAUCGAUGCACCGGCACACGCCGGCAAUGGGUGGGACUGGGGGCCGAAGCAUGGGCUCGGCGAGCUCAGUCUGUGCAUCAACCAGCAACCGUGGAACAACUACUGCGGGGAGCCACCGUGCGGUCAGCUGAAUCCGAAGAACAACAACACCUACCUGAUCCUGCAGCGGCUCUACGAGGAGCUGCUGGAGAUCGUCGGUCCGCUCGACUACUUCCACCUCGGUGGGGACGAAGUGAACCUCGAGUGCUGGCAGCAGCACUUUAACGACUCCGACAUGCGCACGCUCUGGUGUGACUUUAUGCUGCAGGCGUACCAUCGGCUACAGUUGGCCGCCCGGGCCCAGAACGGGACCGUGCCCAGUACGGUGGCCGUUUGGUCGAGCGGGCUGACGAGCAACGUGUGCCUCCCGAAGAGCGUGUUCGCCGUGCAGGUGUGGGGCGGUAGUAAGUGGCCGGAAAACUUUCAGCUCGUCAACGCCGGCUACGGGCUGGUGAUAUCGCACGUGGACGCCUGGUACCUGGACUGUGGCUUCGGUAGCUGGCGGUCGACCGGUGAGGGAGCCUGCUCACCGUACCGCAACUGGCAGACGGUGUACAAGCACCGGCCGUGGGACGAGAUGAAGCUAACCUCACUCCAGAUGCACCAGAUACUGGGCGGCGAGGCGUGCCUGUGGACGGAGCAGGUCGACGAAUCGAUCCUGGAGUCGCGCCUGUGGCCCCGAGCCUCGGCACUCGGUGAACGGCUGUGGACCGAUCCGGUCGAGGAGCGGUACAGUGAGUCGGUGCCGCUCGAAGUGUACAACCGGAUGUCGGUGUUCCGGGCGCACCUGGCCGGGCUCGGGCUCCGACCGGAGCCCAUUUUCCCCAAGUACUGUGCGCAGAACCAAGACGAAUGUGUAUGAUAUUACGCCAAUCCAUUCUACUAAAGCGGGUCCCCGAGGUGGGGAGGAUACUGGCAGGGAUGGCCACGAGAAGGAAGAGGAAUGGAGAGGCAGGCGAUACAGGCGCUGUGGUUGUGAUACUUUGACGAAAGGACUGCGAUCCUACGGUAUUUCUUUUAUAUUUAGUGGAUUAUCGGAACCUGACACAGACUCUAGUGAGAGACGGAGGCGGACGAAGGUCAACACACGAUACACCCGACAAAGAGAGAAGAGGGGAGCGGGGGCUCCAAUAAUACUCCUGCUAAGCGGUUGUUCCCCCCAUAGCAAGAAGGAACGAUGGAACGAUAUGGUUGUAAAUAGUGUAAGCGGAAGGCAUAAAGUGUGGUAGCUACUUAUUCGAAGGGUUUCACGUAGCACACGUAGCAGAGCCAGAUCGUAGAUCGCCAGCAUGAUCGGUUGUAGUCUGAAGAAUAAAAUGAUUUAAGGUUGUUUAAUUUGGUUCCGCUUUCGUCGCGCGAACCCGUAGUAGGAAUAACGGAGGAAUUUGCCAAAAAGAAUCCCGGUGAAACCCGAAUUUUGUUUGGUUUCCUGACUCUCUGGUGUAUUAGCGCGAACCCGCCAAAGGUGACAUGAACGGGUACCCGUAUGGUAACAGAAUUGAAAUUAUUAAAACCCCUUUUAAGGCCAAUCCGAUCGGUCGGUUGUACUUAAGUACUUAGCGAGGACAUGCUCGUGAGCGGGUGGUGUGGUGCGGCGGUUUAGAUUACUAAUCGAUGGCCGAUCGAUAGCCUUGGGCCGCAAAGCGGGGCCAGAGAUGAGCGUAAACUUCGAGCUUCGGAGCGGCAAGAAUAGGACAGUAAGGAAAGCUAUUUCAAAUGACACGCAAUGACCUGUAGAGGAUUUCGUACCUAGCGUAGCGUUUACCUUCCGUAGCCACCACCUGUGGUUUGCAAUAUAUACACACAUAGCACCCGUAGCCGUAGCUGUUGCGGCACUAUGUUCCAUGUUAUUCCGAUUGUUUACUCUAGUUUUGUUUUCCUCUUUUGUUGUUGGUCGAUUUUUAGCGAUAGUGUAAACGAUGCCAUAGAAAAGGAGGUACUAUAAGGGGGAGAGAGUGUAAAUGGUUUCGAUUGCCAAAACCGCACACACACACACACACAAACCGACCAGCAGUAGUAGGCGACGGCAGAACAGUACACGCCGAUCCACACAAAGUGCACCGUAAGGAACAAUGUUCGACGAAAAACAAAAACAAUGACAUUUUCUAGUUAAGAAUAGUAUGUUUUUUUCUCUUGGAAAUCUAAUAAAUGACAAAACCACAAAAAAGCAAGUCCUUUGGAAUGGACGCCACGACCCUACGGUGCUUUCCCUCUGCGAUGGGACACUAGCGCCCCGCAUUGCGGCGGCCACUAGAUUAGUGUGUGCGUAUGUGUUGCGUAGUAACACCACACGAGUGCAAAACCAUGGCCCACUCAUCACCAUCAGUCUCGUGCAGACGUACAAAUAUUUAGCAGAGCAAACUCGUACUCUACUUACUGUGCAUUACAAUUAGCUAAACUUUGUUAAUGUUUCUGAUAAACGAUAUAUUUCUUCCCACCCCGAGAUAGAAAGCUAGCAAAACGCUGGCUAGCAAUGGAACACGAGUGGGUUUGAUGACGAACACGAAACGAUAGAAAAAAGGACAGAACAGGUGCAUUAUUUCCCCGAUUGCGGUACCGUUACGUUCUCCGUAACGUUUGCACAGCUUUCGCCAGAAAAUGUGCCUCAUUUUUCGUUUCUUUCGUUUCGUUUAUUUAACAUUUGUCUAACGUACCUAAUGUAGCUUGUUGUUUGUUUGUUGGAUUGAAUGCAAAAGAGUACAACAUAGUUUUCCGAUUUUGAACAAAAACGAACAAAGAAGCACCAGUUUGCUGCCCUGCGUCAUGCGGUGAAAAUUUCAAAGCUUGCUGGCUGGCGGUGUUUGGGUUGCGCGUACAGCUGAACGCGAUUUAUUUGUAU